UACGUGCAAGUCAUGAACAACACUUUAAUCUCAACCUCAACGGUCGAACCCAAACCCAGAAAAUCAUAAGAAUCUCCGAAUGCUUCACCAACUGCCCAAACGUCGUUUCCAACUGCCACCACCACCAACUGUCACUCCGACCAUCCCAAAACCCCCACUAAACCCUCCUUUCAACCACAAAACCUUGGUGGAACCCAUCAAAGACUACAAGCAAAUCUGCGACCUCCUUCUUUCUCAAACCCGCUCAAGGUCCCUCCCAAAGGGUCUCCAACUCCACGCACAAAUCAUCAAAUCCGGAAUUCAAUCAAUCCCUCUCGUCUCUCACCAUCUCAUCAACUUUUACUCCAAAACCCAAUUCCCACUUCACUCCCUCCAAGUGUUCGACGAAACUCCCCACAAGUCCUCCACCACUUGGAGCUCCGUCAUCUCCUCUCUCGCCCAGAACGAGCUUCCUUUCAUUGCCCUUGAGCUCUUUCGCCGAAUGCUCGGCGAGGGAUUAAGAGCCGACGAUCAUAUUUACCCGAGUGUCACUAAGUCGAUCGCGAUUCUCGGGAGGAUCGAUGCUGGGAAGUGUGUUCAUGGACUUGUGAUUAAGACUGGGUUUAAUUCCGAUGUGUUUGUGGGUAGUUCCAUGGUUGAUAUGUUUGCAAAAUGUGGGGAGAUAAGGGAUGCGAGGAAGGUGUUCGAUAAAAUGCCUGAGAGAAAUGUGGUUUCUUGGAGUGGGAUGAUAUCUGGGUAUGUUUUGUUGGGUGAGGAUGAGGAGGCUCUGAGGCUGUUUAAGCGGGUGUUGGUCGAGGAUUUGGAUGUUAACGAUUUUACGUUCUCUAGCAUUGUACGGGUUUGCGGGAACGCGACAUUGCUUGAAUUAGGGAGGCAAAUACAUGGAUUGUGCUUUAAAACUAGUUUUGAUUCGUCGAGUUUUGUGGGCACUUCUUUGGUUUCUUUAUAUUCGAGGUGUGGGGUAAUCGAAGGAGCAUAUCGGGUUUUUAACGAGAUAUCUGUUAAGAAUCUUGGUUUGUGGAAUGCGAUGCUCAUAGCGUGUGCACAGCAUGCGCAGACCAACAAAGCUUUUGCGCUGUUUGAAGACAUGAUUUGUGUGGGAAUGAAGCCCAAUUUCAUUACUUUUUUGUGCCUGCUCUAUGCUUGUAGUCACUCAGGGUUGGUCAAAAAAGGACGAUACUACUUUGAGUUGAUGAAGGAGUAUGGGAUUGAACCCGGGCACCAGCAUUAUGCUUCCUUGAUUGACUUGCUUGGCCGUGCGGGAAAAUUGCAGGAUGCAGUUUCAAUCAUUGAGAACAUGCCAAUAAAACCAACAGAAUCCAUCUGGGGAGCUUUACUAACAGGGUGUAGAAUCCAUGGUAAUACCGAAUUGGCAUCCUUCGUGGCUGAUAAAAUCUCUGAAUUGGGAAACGUGGGCUCAGGCCUUCUCGUGCUUCUGUCCAACGCUUAUGCAGCUGCUGGAAGAUGGGAAGAAGCCGCCAGAGCAAGGAAGAUGCUUAGGGAUCAAGGAAUUAGGAAGGAGGCGGGUUUGAGCUGGGUCGAAGAUGGAAACAAAGUUCACACGUUUGCUUCAGGAGACCGAUCUCACAUGAGAACCAAAGAGAUUUAUGAGAAGUUGGAGGAGCUAGGAGAAGAAAUGGAGAGGGCGGGUUACAUUGCAGACACGAGCUUUGUGCUGAAGAGAGUAGAUGGUGAGGAGAAGAACCAAACAAUUAGGUACCAUAGUGAGAGAUUAGCCAUAGCAUUUGGACUCAUUACCUUCCCGCCCGAAAGACCGAUAAGGAUUAUGAAGAAUUUGCGUGUCUGUGGUGAUUGUCAUACUGCAAUAAAGUUCAUGUCCAAGUGCUCAGGAAGAGUGAUCAUUGUGAGAGAUAACAAUCGGUUCCAUUGGUUUGAGGAUGGAAAAUGCACUUGUGGAGAUUAUUGGUGAUUCAUAUUCAUUUUUGGACCAUGACCAAAUUUUGUAUGACA